AUGUCAAUUAUUCAUAUUAAGGUUCGGUACGAGGUAUUGUAUGAGGCGAUGCGUGUAACGUACUCUGUAGCCUGCUAUUUAGGUGUGGCUGCGCUGACUUUUCCGAUAGUCGGUUCUAAGCGUGCUUUGUCAUCACGAUCGUCGUCGGAUUGUUACGGGCAGAUUUCGUUCAGCAGAUCUCACCUUCCCGUUUACGGACAGUUAUGGAUUAGGCCUGCACCAGACGUCCGAUCGGGACCCGGAUCGGGAUCCGAACCCGGACCUGGGCUGGCAAAUACCACCGGCGUUUGCGACGUUGCUUUGCCGCUGCAGUUGUUGGUACGGAAUCGCUCUUUGGGCGUGUGCCACGUCAAUAUGACAGGUGAUUGA